AGCCUGGGAAUUCUUGGUUACUUCAAGUUCUGAGAUGGAAAACGGAGCUGUACCAGUCCCCACAUUGGUUCCCCGAAUCCAGAAAAUUGUGUUGCCUGUCAUGUUAGCGUUAAUCUUGCCCAACUACAUGUACGGUCACGCUGUAACAUCGAUUAACAUCAUCAUAUGGCAAGACAACCCUCAGGAUUGUAACGGCGGUGCAGGAUGCCCUGAUGGACAAUUUUGCAAUGAUGGGUGCAGAGACUGUUCAAUCUGUCCAAGUCUGACAUCCAACUUAGUGCGAAAGGGGGGCGAGCUUCGAGUGGUUGGAACUUGUGCUCAACAGGGUCUGUGCCCCAACGUAUGUUAUCCAAGCAACUUGCAAUCUGGGACUGAAGCCGACCAAUCUUUGUGUGCCCAUUUGCAGCCAUCACCAGUUUGUCAGCUGCGUUCCUGUGACAAUGGCGGUAUACUAAGCGAGGAAGCAUGUCAAUGUGAAUGUUUUGCACCUUGGAAUGGAACUACCUGCUCCGACUGUGGAUUGUCAUGUUUGAAUGGAGGCACACUGGAUAAAAUCAGUUGCCAGUGCUCAUGCGCUAAUGACUGGACUGGGUCCAACUGCUCUGUUCCAAAAGCAGACAUUUCUCCUUCCAUAACUGACGUUCCUGGUAAUGAAUCAUUUCCAGUGUAUGCCUCCAUCAUCAUAAGUAUAGCAGGUGCAUUUUUUGCUUUUGUCAUCUGGUGCAUUGUGAAGAGAAUUGGAUGUUUAAAGUCGAGAUCCUCAUCUUGGGCUGAUUCAGAAGCUCCCCUCUUGCCUGGAAUGGACGUCACUGAUGUCACGUCACAGAGCAUCUCAGUCAAGGCAGUGAAUCCAUGCACAAAGUUCCAGGGAAAGCAGAUGAAGUUUUCCUGCCGGAGGGAAGAAAGAGACGGCUCCCAGGAUGCAGUCCAGUGGUCUGAUGCAAUGACUUGGCAAGCCAAUUGCACUUUGUGGCAAAAGUUCGAAAGGCUACCCCCGGGCACAGCAUAUGUCAUCUCACUCCAUCAACAAGCGAGCACUCAAGUUGCAGUGAAAAGUGUAAAGGCCACCACACGCCAUCUCCUGUCACUGGAGGUCCAAGGGUCCUCAGCUACUCUUAAGGGUCUCCAGGAGUUUGGCUGCAACACCGUGGAGGUCUGUCCCUGCUUGAACUUACGUGGUCUGGGAAAGUGGAUAAGACUGGAACAGGGGCAAAAUGAGCUUGUUCUGUCAGAUAUACCCCCUGGGUUUGAAUACACGGUCAAAGCUGGACUUGUGGACUAUCAGUUGCUGUCGGAUCACCAGACUUUCAAGUGUAUUGCCGAGAAUAAAGUGGUAAUUACAGAAGAUGUGGAAAGCCAGACAAGCAGUUGCAAGACUUUCAUGGAAGCAGCCAGGGACCUUGACCUUAGACGAUCUCUGCAGGUUGAGCUGAAUUCUUCAGGAAAACGUUACCUGCCGGAAAUAGUGGCAAAGGCUUUUAAGUUGGAAGGAGAUGAUUAUUUGUGUGUCAAGGAUGCUAGGGAGGACCACAUUGAAAAACUGUGUGAUAUUUUAUCAAGUAAGGAAAGCCAUACACAUGUAACAAUCCACAGCGUUAUAGACUGCCUGAAGCAACACACGUACAAACCAGAUGCAGAGGACUUCAUAGUAAAAUUGGUGGGAUACACAUGGGAUCAUUAUAAAUGUUCUGUUUGUACACGUCUGCUUCAUCAAAGUAAUAGCAUGUGCUGCAAAACCUGCAAUUCUUCAGACAGCCGCCAGCAAUUUGGGGCGGUCUGAAAAAGAAUACACGUAAAACUAGAAAUUUGGGUUGGUCAAUAUUGUGCAUUAUUGUGUUGCAUCACAUGCGAAAAGAGAUGAUUGGAAGAAUUGCAAGUUAGCUAACUCCUGAGAUUCACUCGGGAAUUAUUUUGAAGCUGGCCUUGGCACAAAACAGAAUCCAGUGAAAUAAGAAUGGCAUCCUUAAUAAUGUGCCUCAAAUGAAUAUUGAUUUCAUUUUCCUUUCAAAAGUGUGUAAAAAGUCCAAAAUGUAACCUCACCCACAGAAAAGCCAUAAUAGGGUUACACAAAAAGUCCCAGCCAUCAAAUGUUUCUUAUUUCUCAGCUGAUGAAUGCUUUGCCCUGAAAAAAAGGGGUUCCCUCCCCCCCACCCUUAAAAACAUCCUGAUGAUGCCCCACGGACCGAUCCACCAGACUAGUCCAAAGUGAAAUGCAUGUACUUUUCACUGCAUAUGUGACAUGAUAUUGUGCACUUCAUAUCACCCGCCACAAGAUAGGCUCCUCCUAAUUCUUUGCUAAUUAAUAUACAUCCGGACACAGUUCAGAAACAAAAGCUGGUGCUGUGUGACCUGGCAUGUUGAUUUGGCCUAUCAACUUGAUUUGUGGGUGAGCACUACCGGAACAGGAAGUGGUGCUUUAUUCAAGGUAUUACUACUUUCGAGAACUCCCCUGAGUGUACACAUGCAGUGUUCAAAAUACGUCACUUGUAGAGUGUGUCAAGAUGUACCCAUAAGCAAGUCUGUUUUAAGCAACUUGGCACAUGCCCGUGUUUAUUUCUGAUUUCCUUGGUAUAGAGUACCGAAGUGAAUACGUCACGCGAUGAACCAACAUGCGCGUGUACUCCGUUCAUUUGCACUGCACUUUCUGGCUCACAGUGAUGUCACACUUCGGUACUCUAUUACAACAUUGGAGAAUAUUUCUAUCCCCCCCCCGAUUGGUUGUUAGUCCACUGCAGGUUGUUUCCCAGUGAAUGUUUUUACCUCUUGGUCUUUUUCAUACUCGUGGGUGGCGAGAGGCAAGCAUGGGUUAAGUGGCUUGAACCAAGGCCACAGCAUAUGACCAACAUCUGGAUUCGAACCCCUCACCCUCUGACCGUGAGUCACAAACCUUAACCACAUACACCCUUGUGAUCGCCGAGUAUUUUCAUGUGAAUGGACACGACCUGCUGCAUCCUUCUGUGAGUGGCAGGUGCACAGCCUCCGCUGCAGUGGCAUGUGUCAAUUUGGGGGGUAAUGCUGGAUGCAGCACAGUCUUGUAGACCGGUCAAUGUUAACUUGCAUGACUUACUCAGUACUGUCGUACUAGCAGCGGCAGCAGAGCAAUUUUCAAAGUUGAGGCUCAGUUGUGAGACAAUCAGACAUCAGCCAUUAAAAGGCCAAUCUAUUGAACCCCACCAAUUUUAGGACCAGCAAAAGGUGGAGGGGUCAUGCCCUCCCAUCCAAAAGCCACUGGCCCCCUUCCCCCCCUCCACUUCCGUCGCUGGUGCAAACCAGAAGAACAGUGUGUUACUGUUACUGAAUUAUUUGGUUUCACCAUUGAACUUUGAGCUGAAAGGAAAGUUUUUGGUCCCAAAGGCAUGUUAGGAUGAUGUUGCUAAUGUAUAUUCAUCGUUAACACCAUUGGGCCUGUCCCAUUGCACACACACACACAAAAUCCAUGGAGCCAACCGUGCUAGAAUGCAACUCGGUUCAUUAAAGGCACUGCCUUAAUUAAUUCCAGAACAAUGUUUUUACUGUAGCUGUCUUUUUUUGUGUGUACAUAUAUUAGUUUGUACCCAUAUGAGUUGCAUAUAUCAGUUGACCUGCGUUUUACUUUCCAAAUUGAAAAGUGUAAAAAGGCUCACAAUGCACUAGUCAACCAAUCUUCCUUCAUAUAACCUUUAUAUUUCCUAUUUUGUACAUAAAAAAUGUUUACAUGCAGAGCAUUCCGUGUGAUCUAGUUGUUACUGCUGUCAACAGUAGUCUUCCUCGCCACCCUCUGAAAUAAAAGACAUGAUUGACAAGAAUGACACAGAAUGACAAGAAGGAGUUGCAGUUAUCUCAAGUUAAAAGUUUGAAGUCAGACAGCAAAGAGGGUAGUUCAAACACAUCGUUUUUGUGGUGAGAAACGUACGUACAUGCAGCUGCUGCAACUCUGAAAUUUCUUUCACUUGUAUUUAUACGUUUACCCAUUUGAUAUGUCAAUGUUGCAUAAAUUCGUCAAGGCAUAUUGACAUUUCUGGGCAUAAACUUAGGAGCAUUAGUGAGGCUGUGAAAAAAAUGUAAUUAGUUGUAUGUCCAAGUUUUAGUUUGGGAAAUGGGGAAUUUUUCUCAGUAAAGGUUGCUCCUAUUUUUGUAGAUAAAGUGUAAAAGGUUGGAAGGCAGGCUAAACCCCUUCAAACUAGCCACAUGUAUGUUUUGUGUUAAAUUGGCUUUGCUGGGACAAGAACAUUGCAACAGUACUGUUAAUUUGGUUGCUGCUAAAUUCUGUAUAAUUUGUAGCAGAGGCUUUAAAAGGCUUGUUCUUGUCUUCUUUUUUAUAUAUAAUUUAAUUAUUAAUUUUUUUUAAAUAUGCAGAAGCCAUCUUUACAUAUUACUGACCCUGAAUAUGUUACAGUGAAACUUUCAGGGGAACUGUUAUUCUAAUCCCUGGGAGAAAUGUGUGAAAUGACUGGACUUCUCAAUAUGCAGCGUUUGUAAGUCUUAGAUAUUUGUAAAAUUAACCUUGAAGGCAGCGCACGACUGCAAGUUGGAACAUAUUCCAACUUGUUACAUUUUUUUAUUUCAACCCGAUCUAACCUGUAUUUUUGCUGUAGUGAUUCUGUUAUUAAGUAAACACUCACUGAGCGAGGGUCAUGAUUGGUGUUGAAAUGUGCCUUUCAGUUUUUAUUUAAAAAGUGUAAUUGUAAUUAUUUGUGCCUAGCACAGAUGUAAGUAUUAUGUAAAAUGAAAUAAAACGUGAUCUUUUAUUGAAAAAAUAUUUUGUAUUUUCGAGAGGGGGAACUGCAAAAAAUGCAUCAAGGUUAAAAAAAGGGGAACUUCAGGGAUUUCACACCGAUUUUUCAUUUUUUUAACCAAGCUUGAAAAGUCUCUUAUUCAAAUCUUGUGUAUUUUGAAAAAAUUAAAGGGGCCGUAGUAAAAAUGUUGAAUGAAA